UCGACUUCAUCUGUGUUUCUCUCAGAAACUUAACUUCCCUAACAUGGUCAUGGGAGCUCUUCGCCAUUUUGAGCCAAUCUCCAAAUGCAGCACCGAGGGAAGGUCUAACCAGACUGUGGCUGCAGAUCUAGAUGGCACCCUUCUUGUGUCAAGAAGCGCCUUUCCUUAUUUCUUUCUUGUUGCUCUUGAAGCUGGAAGCAUGUUAAGAGCAUUAAUACUUCUAGCGUCAGUUCCAUUUUUUUAUUUCAUCUAUUUGUUCUUAUCUGAAUCGGCAGCCAUCAAUAUGUUUAUUUUCAUUGCCUUUGCGGGGUUGAAAAUUGGAGACAUUGAGCUUGUUUCCAGGUCUGUUCUUCCCAAGUUUUAUGCUGAAGAUGUUCAUCCUCAAACUUGGAAAGUGUUCAACUCAUUUGGAAAGCGUUACAUAAUCACCGCCAAUCCGAGGAUCAUGGUGGAGCCAUUUGCCAGGGCCUUUGUGGGGGCAGAUAAAGUUAUAGGGACAGAAUUACGGGUUUCGAAAUCCGGUAGAGCUACUGGGUUCGCCAAGAGUCCUGGAGUUCUUGUGGGAGAUCACAAAAGAGAAGCCGUCUUAAAGGAAUUGGGCACCAACUUGCCAGAUUUAGGCCUGGGAGACAGAGAAACUGACCAUGAUUUCAUGUCAUUAUGCAAGGAAGCAUUCAUGGUGCCCGGGGCGACAAAAUGUGAGCCACUGCCAAGAAACAAGCUGCUAAGUCCUGUGAUAUUUCACGAGGGUCGAUUUGUACAAAGACCUACGCCUGUAAUCGCUCUCUUGACCUUCCUCUGGAUGCCCAUCGGCAUCAUAUUGUCAAUUCUGAGAGUCUAUCUCAACAUCCCUUUGCCUGAACGUAUUGCAUAUUACAAUUACAAGCUCCUGGGAAUCAAAGUCGUCGUUAAAGGAACUCCUCCGCCCCCUCCCAAGGCCGGCCGAGGCGGGGUUCUCUUUGUCUGUAACCAUCGCACGGUUUUGGACCCUGUGGUCACGGCCGUUGCACUGGGAAGGAAAAUCAGCUGUGUCACGUACAGUAUAAGUAAGUUCACCGAGAUCAUUUCACCCAUUAAAGCAGUUGCAUUAUCAAGAGAAAGAGACAAAGAUGCGGCUCAUAUCAAGAGUCUGCUUGAAGAAGGUGACUUGGUGAUUUGUCCAGAGGGGACUACUUGCAGAGAGCCGUUCCUGUUAAGAUUCAGUGCCCUUUUUGCCGAGCUGACUGACAGAAUUGUGCCCGUCGCCGUUAACACAAAACAAAGUGUGUUUCAUGGAACGACCGUUCGUGGGCAUAAAUUGUUAGAUCCUUACUUUGUGUUCAUGAAUCCAAUGCCUACUUACGAGAUCACUUUCUUGAAUCAGCUGCCUCCAGAGCUCACCUGCAAAGGUGGGAAAUCAGCCAUUGAAGUUGCUAAUUACAUUCAAAGGGUUCUCGCCGGGACUUUAGGAUUCGAGUGCACCAAUUUGACAAGGAAGGACAAGUACGCCAUACUCGCCGGUACAGAUGGCCGAGUUCCUCCAAAGAAGGAAAAGGCUUAAAAAAGUUAUGAGUAAAUUUCCGUUGGUUUUUAUAUGUUUGAAAACAAUAAAAAUUACUGAUUGUGAUGGUAAUUAUGCAGAUGAAGUGCAAGCUUAUUGUAUACAAAUAUUUUUACCUCGUUUUGUACAGAAGCCAUUAUAUCAAACUACACUAUGUCUGGCUUCUUAAGAAUACUUUUUCAAGCUGAUGACUCUAAUGGAGAUUGUGGGUGCGAAGAACUGACAUACAUGUGGCCUGUGGAGAUUUUACACAUGCUGGUAAUAUUAAUAUAUACACCAAACAAGCUUAAAGCUUAUUAUAAAUUUUA